UCUCGAUUUCGUACUGUGUCUCUUCUCCGGGUUUCAUCAAGAUGUCUACCCUAGUACAAGCACCUCAGCAAUACGGCCAGCCUUCAAGGAAAGGUAAAAAGGCUUGGAGGAAGAAUGUGGAUGUUUCCGAGGUUCAAGAAGGUCUCCGGCUGUUGAAGGAUGAAGAAAUCAAAGGAGGUGUCCUAGCAGAAAAACCAUCCGAGGAAUUAUUCGUUAUUGACAAGAAGGGCUCCUCGGAAAUCCGCGAUGCGUAUCGCAAGCAACACAAGAAGCCUCUGAAAUCAGACGAGAUCCUUGCGCAAAGAUCCGCGAUCAAUGCGGUUGACACGCGGAAACGUGCCAACUCCAAAGUGACGGACGGUGUCAUUGAACCCAAAACAAAGAAGCACAAGAGCGACUGGGUUAGUCGCAAGGAAUGGCAGCGCUUGAAGCAGGUGGCGAAGGACGGAAACCCGCUUGGGCGAUCCAGUGAGAGCGGCUUCUUCGAUCCCUGGGCAGAUGAGGCGGAUCCGACACCCUAUGACGAUCCUCAGUUCGAUUACCUGGAGAAGCCUAAGCAGAAAGUGGCCCCGGUUACUCUCAAGCAAGCUCCUAUCUCGCUCGCUGCCAACGGAAAGGCAGUUCCUUCCGUGCGCAAGCCGACCGCUGGCACAAGUUAUAAUCCUACUUUCGAAGAUUGGGAUGAGCUGCUGCAGGAACAAGGCCAAAAGGCUGUCGAAGAAGAGAAGAAGCGAUUAGAGGAAGAACGCAAAGAGCGAGAGCGGCAGCGUCUGAUCGCCGAGGCUAAGGACGAUGAUGGUGAGGCAAAGUCAGAUGAUGAAAGCGCAUGGGAAGGCUUUGAGAGCGAGUACGAGAAGCCGGAAUGGCUGAACAAGAAGCGCCCAGAAAGGAAGACGAAAGCGCAGAGAAACAAGAUCAAGCGACGGAAGGAAGCUGAAAGGCAAGCGAAGUGGGAGGCACAGCAGAAGAAGAAGGAGGAGCAACUUGCUCAAUAUAAGGCUAUUGCAGAGCGCGUCAAGCAACAGGAGCUGGAACGUCAGGAAAACGACAGUGACGCUGAUGACUCUUCUGAAGAAGGCGAUGACACUAAGCUUCGCCGCAAGCCUCUGGGGAAAUUAAAGGCCCCUGAAAAACCAACAGAGGUAGUACUACCGGACGAGCUGCAAGAUUCGUUGCGCCGGUUGAAGCCUGAAGGAAACCUCCUCGACGACCGAUUCCGGACGUUGAUCGUCCAGGGUAAACUCGAGGCGCGCAAACCCGUAACGCAACCACGAAAGGCCAAGAAAGAGGUGACAGAGAAAUGGAAAUACAAAGACUUCAAGGUGCCGGGUUUACCAUAACUUAAUUAGUUCCUACGCAGUACUCGAUUAGAUAUCAGCUUUACAGGCAUUCUGGGU